AUGGAACACCACGUCCAAAGGCAGCAAAGAGGCGUUUCGGUUUCAUCUUCCAAAAAUGGCAAGUUCAAGGAGAGAAUGGCAAACCCUAGCAGAAGCAAGUUUGUUGGUGUAAGGCAGAGGCCUUCAGGAAAGUGGGUAGCAGAGAUCAAAGACACAACGCAGAAGAUAAGAAUGUGGUUGGGGACGUUUGAGACAGCUGAAGAAGCUGCCAGAGCUUAUGAUGAAGCUGCAUGCCUUCUCCGAGGUUCAAAUACACGAACCAAUUUCGCCUCUCAUGAUAUUCCCACCAAUUCUCAUCUCUCUGUGAAGAUUAGAAACCUCCUUAAUCAUAAGAAGAGUUUAAGGCAUGGGGCUUGUACAAUCAACUCCAACAAAACCACGAUUAAAGCAAGUACUAUUGUUACUAGUAGUAGCAGUGUCAGUAAAGCUAGUAGCAGUGAUAGUUUUCUAUCAAACACUAGCAACGAUAAGUUUCCGUGUACUUCCAUGAAACAAGUCAUCCAGUUGUUUGAUGGUGCAUACAGGCCAGAUUUGAGCAAUUGCGUUGGGGAACUCGAACCAGCCACAUUGCAGUUUGGUCAAUCCUGGCCAAUCUCAACGGGGUUUGAUCAGAUUCCACUAAACCAAGAAGGACUGCAGUUACCACAAGAUGAAGCUAUUCUGUCCGGUUCAAUUGAUUCAGACCUACUGGAAUUUGAACGCUUGAUGGUAGAAAGACAGAUAUCAGCUUCUUUAUAUGCAAUGAAUGGAGUCAAUGAGUACCUGGAGAGUGAAUUUGACCUAAGCGAUGCUCUUUGGGAUCUUCCUACACUUUAUUAGUUGUUUUGCCCAAGCUGAUUCUCUAUUUCUACCAUGAAAUUUGAAGUACAUUAAGGUAGGAAGAAUUGGUGCUGAUUGAUAAUAUUGAGUAACUUUGAGAAUGUCUGUUUGUAGGUGGAAAUUAUAUUAGGUGAAGUAGAAAAAACUAUUUUCAUUGUUGAAAUGA